AUGGGCGGUCGGAUUGAUAAUGAGAUGAAUCGUGGUCGAGCUCCUCCGAUGUUUAUAAUGAAUGGUGAAAAUUGCCACCGAAUUGGAAGUCUUUUGCCUAUGCCGGGGGAUCAGCCUAAAUUUGCUCAGUUAUAUAUAUAUGACACAGAUAAUGAAAUAGCUAAUAGAAUGACGGCUGUCAGGAUGGAUGAUGAAAACUUCCAGUUAAAGUCAUCUAUUAUUGAGACUUUAAGGGGUAUGCUUGAUGAUUAUAAUCCAUAUGUUCAAACAUACAGAACAAUUCGAAACACAAUAAUGCAACAAUCAGGGAAUUCAGAUAUAAGACUGAGGAUACUAGGAAAACGAGGCCGUGAUGGUCGACGGUAUAAUCUUCCAACUGCAUCAGAAGUUGCGGCAUUGAUAGUUGGCGAUUUUGAUGCGGCUGACUUUGAGAGAGAUGUUGUGGUUGAAACUCAAUCUGGAUUAUUACAGCGCGUAUCUGUUUUUGAGCCUGCGUAUGUGCCAUUGCAGUAUCCGCUUCUUUUCCCAAGAGGAGAGGAUGGGUACCGAAAAGACAUACCAUACAAUGAAGAGCAUGACCCCGAUUCUUCAAAGAGGGAAUUUGUUACGCAAAAAGAGUGGGUUGCUUACAGGGUCCAACAAAGAACUAGAAAUCAAUCUACCAUAAUUUUUGCUAAGAGGUUGUUGCAACAAUUUUUAGUGGAUAUGUUUAGCACGAUUGAGGCUGCAAGACUUCAAUAUCUUCGCCUUCAUCAAAAACAGCUAAGAGCAUCGAUGUACAAGGGAUUAACGGAGGCUGUUUUAAGAGGGGAAACUAAUCCAACCACAUCCGGAAAACGAAUUGUUUUGCCAUCGACUUUUGUCGGUGGUGCACAGUAUAUGAUACAAAAUUACCAAGAUGCUAUGGCUAUUUGUGGUUGGGCGGGUUAUCCAAAUUUAUUUAUUACAUUCACAUGCAACCACAAAUGGCCCGAGCUGGUUGAUUUUUUGAAAAGUUACAACCUCAAGUCAGAGGAUCGGCCGGAUUUAGUUACCCGAAUAUUCAAAAUUAAAUUGAAUCAGUUGAUAAAGGAUAUCAAGGAAGGUGAUGUUUUUGGUAAAGUAAAGUCAGUUAUCUACACGAUCGAGUUCCAAAAACGUGGACUCCCACAUGCGCAUAUACUGGUGUUCCUGCAUCCUAGAUUUAGGGAUAUUCAGGGUAGAUACAUUGAUAAAAUAAUAUCAGCUGAAAUUCCUAAUAAAGAGGAAGAACCAGUGUUGUUUGAUAUCGUUUCUUCACUUAUGAUACAUGGUCCGUGCGGUCCUCAAAACACGAGUUCUCCGUGUAUGAACAAUAGGAAGUGCACUAAACUCUUUCCAAAGAGAUUUGUCGAUCAGACUAUCAUUGAUGCUGAUGGAUAUCCGGUUUAUAGAAGGCGAGACAAUGGGGUAUAUAUUGAAAAAGGAAAAUCAUUCGUGGACAAUAGGUAUGUUGUUCCGUAUAACAAGCACCUCCUCUUAAAGUAUAAUGCUCAUAUAAAUGUAGAGUGGUGCAAUCAAACAAGGUCCAUAAAAUAUCUUUUUAAAUACGUGAACAAAGGCCAUGAUCGUGUGACAGUUACAUUUUAUAGUGGUGGCCAUGGAAGGAAUGAUUCCGACUGUGUUGAUGAGAUAAAGAUGUACUACGAUUGUCGAUAUCUAUCUGCAUGUGAAGCAGCAUGGCGUAUUUUUUCAUUUGAUAUACAUUUUAGAGAGCCAUCUGUCGAACGAUUGAGUAUUCAUCUUGAGAAUGAACAGGGUGUGGUAUACAGCGAUAAUGAUGAUCUUGAGGAGGUUAUUGCUAAUCCAAUCAUCCAAGCCACAAAGUUUUUGGCGUGGUUUGAUGCUAAUCGAAUAUAUCCCGAAGCUAGAAAUCUAACAUACAGCCAGUUCCCUGGUAAGUUUGUUUGGAAAGCAAGGAAGCAUUACUGGUCUCCGCGGAAGAGAGGGUAUUCAGUAGGUAGAAUUCACUUUGUUACGCCUGGUUCGGGUGAGAUAUUUUACUUAAGAACUUUGUUGAAUUAUGUGAAAGGUCCGACGUCUUUUGAAGACAUAAGGACUGUGGGGGGAAUUGUAAAAAACUCAUUUAAAGAAGCAUGUUAUGCCAGAGGAUUGCUCGAGGAUGACAAAGAAUUUAUAGAUGCAAUUGUUGAAGCAAGUCUUUGGGGCACUGGAACAUUUUUGCGUCAUUUGUUUGUUACUUUAUUGGUGUCAAAGCAAAUAUCUCGGCCAGAUACUGUGUGGAAUAUUACUUGGGAAUGUUUAAGCGAAGAUAUUUUGCACCGGCAACGGAGGAUUUUGCAGUUUCCAAAUUUGGUAUUAACUACUGAUCAGCUAAAGACAUACACUUUGGCUGAAAUUGAGAUAUGCUUACAGUGUCAUGGAGUUAGUUUGGAUGAUUAUCCUGAAAUGCCUGCACCGGAUAGGGCGUUGGCACCUGAGAUAAAUAAUCGAUUGAUUCAUGAUGAACUUAAUUAUAAUGUUGAUGUUCUAGCAGAAGAGCAUCGGAGAUUGAUGUCAACAAUGACGGUUGAACAAAGAAAGGUGUAUGAUACAAUCAUGAAUAGAGUAUAUGACAAGAAACCUGGUUUUUUUUUCUUAUAUGGUUACGGUGGAACCGGGAAGACAUAUAUUUGGAGAUCAUUGGCUGCAGCAAUUAGAUCAAGGGGUGAGAUUGUUAUAGCAGUUGCUUCAAGUGGUAUCGCAGCUUUGCUCAUUCCAGGAGGUAGAACUGCACAUUCACGGUUUAACAUUCCUUUAAUUAUUCAUGAAUCAUCAUCAUGCACAAUAACUCCGGACAGUGAUCUGGCAAAAUUAAUAGCAAGAGCAAAGUUGAUCAUAUGGGAUGAAGCACCAAUGCUUCAUAGGCACUGCUUUGAGGCUGUUGAUCGUGCAUUUAGGGACGUUCUACGAACCUAUAAUAAUGAUCGAUUGGAUAUCCCCUUUGGAGGAAAAGUGGUUGUUUUGGGUGGAGAUUUUCGCCAGAUACUUCCAAUCAUACCCAAAGGAACGAGACAAGAAGUUGUUCAUGGCACUAUAAAUUCUUCGUCUCUUUGGGAUUUUUGUGAGGUACUUACACUAACCACAAACAUGCGGCUUUUAUCUGGAGGCAACGCUUCUGACAUUGUAGAGACAAGGGCAUUUUCUGAUUGGGUUUUGGGGAUUGGAGAUGGAAGUAUUGGACAAAAUAAUGACUUGGAUAUAACGCUGAAUGUGCCCCAUGAUCUCCUUAUCCCAAGCUGUGGGGACCCGCUUUCAGCUAUUGUUACUCACACAUAUCCUGAUCUUUUGCACAACAUGACUGAUCCGUCCUUUUUUAAGGAUAGGGUUAUUUUGGCCCCGACAAAUGCAAUUGUUGACGCACUCAAUGAUUAUGUAAUGGAUUUGAUUCCUGGUGAGGAAAACACUUACCUGAGCUGUGAUUCUGCAUGUAAUGAUGGUGCAGACACUGGUGGUCCCAAUGAUCUGUAUACUCCGGAAUUUUUGAACACGAUAACUGCUUCUGGACUUCCAACACAUAAGUUGAGGUUGAAGGUGGGUGUUCCUGUUAUGUUGUUGAGAAAGAUCGACCAAAAUUUAGGCCUCUGCAAUGGAACACGUUUAAUAAUUACAAGGAUGGGAACAUAUGUCUUGGAGGCAAAGGUUAUAUCAGGAAGCAACAUCAAUCAGAAAGUUUUUAUUCCAAGGUUGUCAUUGAUUCCAUCUGAUAAGAAGAUCCCAUUCAAUUUUCAACGGCGGCAGUUUCCGUUAGCUCUUUCCUUUGCCAUGACUAUUAACAAGAGUCAAGGCCAGUCGCUGAGUCAGGUUGGACUUUAUCUCCCCCGUUCCGUUUUUUCUCAUGGUCAGUUGUAUGUUGCUAUGUCUCGAGUUACUUCGAGAAAGGGGUUGAAGAUAUUGUUGCUUGACGAGGAUGGUGAUGAUACCGAUGUUACAUCCAACGUGGUUUACAAGGAAGUUUUUCAGAAUGUUCGGUAA